CCAGACCUAACUUAGUUACAGCUCACGUUUUUCUUACCUCCAGUUUCCAGCUUCAGGCUUACCUCAUGCCUCUUUCUCCAGCUUCCUUGCCCCUCCGACCUCCACAGGAGCAUACAGGGACACUUGAAGGUUGACCCAGAGGGAUUUGACGGCCCAGGGUCCCUGGGGCACAGGAAUGUCCAACUGCAGGGCAUGGCUCUCCAGAGAUUCUGCUUUUCAUACUGCCAGGAUGCUCACUCCAGGCCAGUAUAAAACAUCUUCCCAUCUCCAGCAGAGGACACUAGGAAAAGGGUUUAGGGGCUCUCCUUUGCUUCCACUCUCUGGGAGGGCAGGGGUUAAUGGUGAAUUGCAACAUAUCUCUGGGCUGAGUCACCUCCCACUGCCACUUCCCCCCCAAUUCCCCUCAGUUGAAGUUUUAAAAAGAGGACCAGAGGCUGGAGAGUACAAAGAACUAGAGGAGUACCUGUUACAAUAUGGGUACCUACAGAAGCCUCUAGAAGGACCCGAUGACUUCAGGCCAGAAGAUAUCACCGAGGCUCUGAGAGCUUUUCAGGAAGCAUCUGAACUGCCAGUUUCAGGUCAGCUGGAUGAUGCCACAAGGGAGCGCAUGAGGCAGCCUCGUUGUGGCUUAGAGGAUCCCUUCAACCAGAAGACCCUUAAAUAUCUGCUGCUGGGCCGCUGGAGAAAGAAGCAACUGACCUUUCGCAUCUUGAACCUGCCCUCCACCCUCUCAGCCCACACAGCCCGGAAAGCCCUGCUUCAAGCCUUCCAAUACUGGAGCAAUGUGGCCCCCUUGACAUUCCGGGAAGUGCAGGCUGGCUGGGCUGACAUCCGCCUCUCCUUCCAUGGUCGCCAAAGCCCCUAUUGCUCCAAUACUUUUGACGGGCCUGGGAGGGUCCUGGCGCAUGCCGACAUCCCAGAGCUGGGCAGCGUGCACUUCGAUGAAGAUGAGCUCUGGACUGAGGGGACCUACAGGGGGGUGAACUUGCGCAUCAUUGCAGCCCAUGAACUGGGCCAUGCCCUGGGGCUUGGGCACUCCCGAUAUACCCAGGCACUCAUGGCCCCUGUCUACGCUGGCUACCGGCCCUACUUCAAGCUGCACCCAGAUGAUGUGGCUGGGAUCCAGGCUCUCUAUGGCAAGAAGAGCCCAGAUACAAGGGAUGAGGAAGGAGAAGAGAUGGACCUACCCACUGUAUCUCCAGUGCCCACAGAACCCAGUCCCAUGCCAGACCCCUGCAGAGGUGAACUGGAUGCCAUGAUGCUGGGGCCCCGUGAGAAGACCUAUGCUUUCAAGGGGAACUAUGUGUGGACUGUGACAGAUUCAGGGCCGGGCCCCUUAUUCCGAGUGUUUGACCUUUGGGAGGGGCUCCCUGGGAACCUGGAUGCUGCUGUCUACUCUCCUCGAACACAAUGGAUUCACUUCUUUAAGGAAGACAAGGUGUGGCGCUACAUCAAUUUCAAGCUGUCUCCUGGCUUCCCCAAGAAGCUGAAUAGGGUAGAACCUAACCUGGAUGCAGCUCUCUAUUGGCCUUUCAACCAAAAGGUGUUUCUCUUUAAGGGCUCUGGGUACUGGCAGUGGGAUGAGCUAGCCCGCACUGACUUCAGCCACUACCCCAAACCAAUCAAGAAGUUGUUCACGGGAGUGCCAGACCAAGUCUCGGCUGCUAUGAGUUGGCGGGAUGGUCGAGUCUACUUCUUCAAGGGCAAAGAGUACUGGCGCCUCAACCGGCAGCUUCAAGUAGAGAAAGGCUAUCCCAGAAAUAUCGCCCACAACUGGAUGCACUGUCAUUCCCAGACUCUAGAUGUUACCCCGUCGAGUGGAGACAACAUUCCCUCAGCCACAGAUACUACCUUGAACACUGACCACUCACCCACAGAUACAAUCUUGGAUGUUACACCCUCAGCCAUAGGCUCCACUGCUCUUAUAUUCCCUGUUAAUGUCACCCUCCCAGAAGCUUGAGACCAGGAAUCAAAUGUCUACUCACUAGACCAUGCAGGUGCUGUAGCAGGGGCAUGACCACAGACCUCCAGCCUCCAACAGUUCCAACUCUGGCUACCGUUGUACUGCACUCUUUCCCUUCUGGGAAGCGCCCCCUAACUUGGAUUCAGCCCACAGUUCCAUCCUGUCCUAGAUAACACUUCCAAUUUUGUCAUCUACUCUCUGGAGGACAAUGGUGGAGGGAGGUGUCAAUCAGGCCUUUACCCAACAGGAGGCAACAGCUGAUGUGGCUGGAUGCCUGGGUCCUUGUUCUUCCUAACGUGCAAGAAAACAGCAUGGCCAGUAAAAUGAGCAAGGGCUUUGGAAUCCUUGAGAACCACAUUUACUUGCUUAUGACUUUGGGCAAGCUAAUUAACCGUGGAUUCUCUAUUUGCAAAAAUAAUUAAUAUCAAUCCUGCAGGGUUAUUGCAUUAAAUGAAAUACACGUGAAGUGCCUGGCACAGUGUUUGGCACAUUAAUAAAGACUAACUCCAUUUUCAUAAGAGAGGACUGAACAGCUCUUCCUCUAGCUAUGUGGAUGUGUAAUACCUUUAGUUAUCUGUCUGACAAGGGUACCUCUAUCAAAUCUUUAGGGGGAAAAUUUGUCAAGAUGGCUAAUUCUUUGUUUUGGGGUACAGAGAAAGAAAAGAUCAGUAACAGGAGGCUGGACUCCCUGGUUCAGUAUUCAAUGUCAUUUUAUUCAUAUGCUCCCAUGCUCUCCCUCCCUCCCAACAUAACCUUGCUGCCCAGGGGAGGGAUAUGUCUUUCUUUAUGUGCCUGGAGAACCAGGGAAUGGAUCUUGGGCUGGAGUGUCAGAGCAGGGAGAGUUAGAAUGGGUUAGUAGGCCGGGCUCAGUGGCUCACGCCUGUAAUCCUAGCACUCUGGGAGGCCAAGGCGGGCAGAUCGCUCAAGGUCGG